UAUUUACUCCAACUGAAAGUUGAAUUCUUAUUUGAAUGAAUCAAAUUCACCUAUUCUUGGAGGACCAAAUUUCAUUGUCGCCUUGCAAUCCAGGUCAUUCAUUCUCUAGUAUACAGUAUUGAUCACCUCAUCGCAAUUAUGGACGACGAAGAGCCUACCCUGCCUAAGCUCCCCGCAGUGUCUUGGGACUCUCACACCCAGACUUUCACUAAUACGCGAAAACGCGCUCGCGACCAAUCGCUUGCGCCACCAGUAUAUGCUAACUCAAGCGACCCGGCUGUUUUCUCCAGCGAUGAUGAUCCUCAUGUGGAGAAUUAUACCCAGGGAAGACAUAGGAAAAAGCGCUAUGUCGGCUCAUGGUUUCAACAGCACCUCGCCUCGUCUGAUUUGACGUUUCCCGAGGUUGUACGGCCUUUGCCAAAAGCAAAAAGAACCUUUGAGCGACAAUUUGACAGCGGAGUCUGGAUGGGGAGCGACGUUUCUGUGGAUGCAGAUGACGAUGCAAUUACGGAAAUGGACUUGCCUGCUUCAUCUAAACUACCGCAACUUAGGCAUAUUCGGCCCGUCCCAGCUAUUUCCCCCAGUGAAACAAUCGCUCGGCAGGUAAUACAGGAUGCUAUAGAUACUGGAAGCACAGCUAUAGACCUAUCCUCCUCCCAGAUCGAUAGUAUCUCCAAUGCAACUAUAUCGCAGCUUUCUAUGCUCGAUACUGUCCCCCCUAUAGCUGAAGAUUUUCCAUUUCAGCCUAAGGAACCGUCUAUUUCUCUUUACUUAUCCAACAACCCUCUUUCACGUGCUCCUGGGGCCAUCUUCAAUCUGGAGAAUUUGACUAUUCUCACUCUACGAAAUACCAAUAUUACUGAGCUCCCGCCUAGUAUUGGAAAGCUUCGUAACCUUCAAACCCUAAAUAUAUCUCUUACACGUCUUCGGUCUUUACCAGGGGAAUUAUUAGAUCUGUUAAGGUUUCCUAGCAAACUUGAGAUCUUGAACAUACACCCGAACCCCUUUUACCAGCCAGACAGUCUUGAAUCGGAUUUUGUCACCGACGAUACUUGGAACGAAGUAAGGCACGAGCAAGCCGUGUUAUUUCAGGAUGAGCUAGUGCGAACUGAUGGCAGGAGGGUACGGUUCUGGCUCGACAAGCAAUGUGACCCUUCCGUCCAACCUGAGGCGCUCGCUAGUAAAAGACUACAUGGUUCUUUGUGGGGAGUUGUUGCACUCGCACGUACACCAGUACAAUUUAGCGAUAGCCGAGGGGUCGUGGUCUCUACAUAUAAACUACCCAACUUAAAAUCGACUACCGCAGAUAGUCCAAUAUAUGAGAAUCUAGAGCAUCCAUACCAGGUCAUUCAAACCGAGGAUCUCUAUCUAUCUCCGGAGCUCCCGCGGCUCAGGCGAAACCAGUCUGCCUCCAUCUGCGAUCAAAGCCGUGUGCCUUCGCUACUUGAACUUGCUCUGCUGUCUUGUUUGCGAUCUGGGCAGCUACGAGAAUUACCGUCCUACCUUCCAUCCAACGCGCCUCCGCAUUUCAUGGAGUUGCUUUAUCGGCUUGCUGAUCGAAGCGAGCAGAACGCUAAUUCUGGUGACCUUCCUUGCUCGGUGUGCGGACGGCGAGUCGCAGUGCACUUAACCGAAUGGAUCGAGUGGUGGGAAAUUUCUCGCCUUGAUGUCGACGAGAAAGCAAAUGACAUGUCCGUGGAUUGUGUAGGUUUGGGAGAUGAUGAGAGGGCAAUCCCCUUCUCGAUGCGAGGCUGCUCUUGGAAGUGUUUGCCUAAGGCGAUGAAGCCGGGACAACGACGCCGAGUGACCAUCAGGUGGGGUUCCGAACCGCGGAAAUAGUCUACUAUGUGUACGAUUUGAACCCGGAUCGAACGGACGGAGCGAGUUGCAUCAUCAAUACAAAUUAAUCAGCGAAUCACUUCGCAUAUCAUAGUUCAUCUUGCGUAGUCUUGUUGAGAGAUGUAGCUCGUAUAACCCACAUAAACAGCCAGGUUUCGAGUGGGCAUUUAUGAUGGCUUCUGUAUUUACCACUGAAAAUACCCACUCUCUUCAAACAAG